AUGUGGGCCUCCGGGCCUGCUGCGGCGGCGCGGCCGGUUGAGGCCGGGCUCGGCCCGGCCCGCGACGGCUGGCCGCCGACGAGCGCGCUCGCGCUGCUCGUCAAAAUGGCGGCGGUGGCGAUUGCGGCGACGGUCGUCCAGUCGUACUCUCGCGAUCCGCUGUACUACAAGGAAGUGCUGACUCGAUCCUACCCCAAAAACUUCUACCCCCACGACUCGGAACACGAAUGCAUUCGUGGCAUCCUAUGGGUCGUCCAGAGUAUCGACCUCUGGCUUGUCAGCCGGCCCCCCGACGACCGCGUCGAACUCAUCGGCGCGGGCUCUCUCGGCUACGGGACCGGCCCCAGCUUCGGCUGA